CAUGUUUUAUGAUCUGUAAUGGUUUUUCGGAUUCUCCACCACAUCGAGAUACUGAAAAAUCCGUUAACUCUCGGCUUUCUUCCCCUGCUAUUUAUCUACCUGGACCAAAAUCUCACUUUUCAUUAAAACCGAAAUCCGUCUUGGAAACGGAGGAUCCGCCUAAAAAGGAUCCGGAAAAAGAUUGCCCGCCAUGUUUUAAUUGUCAACUUUCUGCAUUUCCGUGCUCUCACUUUUCUGAAUGUAACAUUUAUGACGGAAAAUGUGAAUGCCCACCCGGUUUUGGUGGAAACGAUUGUUCGGUGCCAGUUUGCAACUCCUUGGCUGAUGGUCGCAACAGGCUUCCUCGUGAAGUUAAUCAAACAUGUCAAUGUACUGAAGGAUGGGGAGGAAUCAAUUGCAAUAUGUGUUUAACUGAUUCUGUGUGUGAUCCGCUUGUUCCUACUAGGAGCAAUGGUACUUGUUAUAAAGGAGGACUUACCGUGCAUGAGAAUUUUCAAAUGUGUAAUGUGACGAACAAGAAAAUCUUGGAUAUGUUACCUGAUCAACCUCCUCAGGUUACCUUUUCCUGUAAUCGCAAAUCUGAAAACUGUGAUUUCCAAUUUUGGAUCAAUCAGACCGAAUCAUUUUAUUGUCACUUAACCAAUUGUUCAUUUUAUCAAGACAUCAAUAGUGAACAAAACACUACAGAAUAUAAGUGUGAGAAAAUUAAGUGUCAAUGCAUUGCAGGUGAAAUGUUGUGUGGGAAAGGUGGAUCUAUUGACCUUUCUGAUUGGUUGGUUGAGGAAAUAAACGGACCCGCUGAAUUUUCGUGUUACGGUUCCAAUGAUUGUCGUUUUUCUGAACCUGCCAUGGACCAAUUAAUAUUGAGUAUAUUUGGGGAUAAAUAUAUAUCUUUGGAUUGUUUUGGUGGAGAAUGCCUUCAUAUUAGCGAAGUGCCAAAACUCGAUAGACCACAUAAACCGGAUAAUACUAAUAUUAUUAUAGCGGCAAUUAUAGCUGUGUUCACAUUUGUUGCGGGAAUCUUCGCAGCUGUCUUUUACUUGUCUCGUCAUUGGAGUCCAUCAUCCUAUGGUCAGAUAC